CCCCCAAUUCGUGCCCUAGAAAAAAAUACCCCUUUUCUGAUUUAGCAUUAGCCGCAACAUGCUCAUCCACACCAGAAACCCCACCUUCCCUUCACUUUCCCUCACUUUCUGGGAUUCUUCUCACGCCCUCAGCUCAUUUUCAGGCUGCAAUUCGUUCUCGGAUAUGGUGAAAUGGUUCUCCUUGACUCGAGCUUGAUUUCUCGCGACAAGGUUAGGUUUCGAAGAGAUGUUGUUAUGAUUCGGAUUCUUCUUGUAGUAUUUAGCUUAGGUUAUUAGUCAUGGAUGCGGUCAAAUUACCUUUACCUGUGGAUGUGGUCUCGGCUUCAAAGUUGAUGGGAUCGGAAGGGUUUGCGAGAACCGGAGUCACGGUGCAGGAGCUGGAAGCUUGCGAGUCCGAUGGCGUUUCAGUUAUCGCCAGCCGUUCAAUUGAGUACCGCUCCACUAUUGAUAUCAGUGAAAAAUUAAAAGAUUUUUUAUAUCCUGAGCUACGUAAGCAGGAUAAUCAGCUAUUCAGCAAUCAAGGCGAAUCAUUGUCAGAAGUCUUACAGGAUAGGUCUAAGAAUGGUCUUUUGUUGACUCCCAAGGCCGAAGGUGUACAGUCAGAACGGAAAGCAGGAAAAGUGUCUAGAAGUAGUAGUAAUUUUUGUGCCAAAAGACCACGUGUAGUUAAAUUGCAAGAUCCUCCCCUGGUAGGAGUUGAAGGGAUAAAGGAUAUGUCUCAUAAGCUUACCUCAUGCUCUCUAAAAGGCACUUGUUCAGAUAAAACUCAAUUGGUGAAACAAAAGAGCAACCUUAAUAGCAAGCGAGGUGACAAGAGAAGUCUUAGAGUUCCUUUAAAGACCAAGUUUGAUUCCUUUUCGAUGAAGGCAGGUUUGACCAGCUUUGGUUCGGCUUCCGGAGGGAAUAACUUCUUUGGAGUUUAUGGACUGAAGUCAGAUAAUCAUGAUGUCACAAAUCUUGUAGAUGAUCUUCCAUUGAAUGAGCUACUUCAUGGCAGUUACCAACCUCCUAGCCUAGGCAAGGACAAAGGGAAGAAAGCAACAGUUGUCAAUGAAAGUUUUCUGCAUUCCCUUAGAAAAUCUUGCUCCCUCCUCCAGCUCCCAAGGCCUGUUUCCCAAAAUAUUGUUGAGAUAGACAGUUGUUCAAACAAAAAAAUGUCUGCGUGGUUAUUGAACUCUGUUUCUGUUGAAGCUAGUGGUGUCAAUAGUGAUACAGGAGAUUCAUCCUUGAUAGAUGUGUUGUCUAGUAAUAAGGAUACUUGUAUCAAGUCUGAAGCUCCUGAUAAUCCACCUGAGUUGCUGUUGCAUCAACCUAAGGAAAUUUUGCAACGGUUGGCACUUCCUCCGCCAAAGGAUUUGGAGUCUUUGCUCUUGGAUGCAGCAAAGCCUACUUUAUCUUCAAAGAAUACUGCUGAUUUACGUUCAGGCAAGCAAAUGUCUCGUCGAGUAAGCUUGCCACCUUUUCAAUGGUCACAUACUUCAAGUGGACACUGCAGAACUAGUUCUGAUGUAGUUAAGUUGUCAACAAGUAAGGGUACAUGCCAAGGUAGAUGGUUAAAAAUAGGGAAAGAAAUUAAGAGUUCUUUUGGUAUUGUGACUAGCAAGUUUACAGACUUGGAGUCUCUUACAUAUGAUCAGAGUUUGGUCCCUUCAGGGCUAAAAGUGGCUUGUGUAGACAAUGUAACUUCUCCUCAGGAACCCACUAGUCUUACUGGGCGUGGAUGUGAUUCAGAAGCAACAUGUUUGAAAGAAUCUGGCGGCAAGGUGAACAAUCCGGGAAAUGCUGGGCACAGUCCAAGACUAUAUGCUGCAGCUAGAACGCUGUAUGACAUUGCAACUGGUUCCCCAAGGCAGAGCCUGGAUAGAAUUAUAAGUUGGCCAAAGAAGUCGUCUCAAAAGACUAUGAAAGCUCGAAAGUUGAAAUAUAAUGGGAAAACUGAAGAAUCUCAGUUACCAUUAGCUUCAGUAUUUCGGCCUGAGAAUUUGGCAAGAAUUGAAGAAAUAGUUCCAUUCUCUUCAAAGAAGCCCAAACUCUCAAACAUCAACCACAAACGGGAUCCGAAUCAUGUCAAGAAAGAAACUUUGAAAUGGUCAACUCCCAGAUCAAGUAGAUCCUCCCCUAGCAGAACAGGCAAAGACAUCAUUGCAGGUUACCCAAGACAUACUACCAAUAUUUUAAAGCAAUCAAGUAUGAUGCCACCGCCGGCUCCUCCGGUGGUAAGAGUUUCAGAUAUUGCUACUAACAGUCAGCAGAAGUUAAGAAAAUUGCCUUUAGAAUGGAACAGAGGAAGGGACAGGGACAGGGACCGGGUGGAGUGAUCAAUAUCGAUUUUUUCAUCUUUUUCCAUAUAGAAAGCUCAUUCCUUUUGACAAUUGUUGUUAAUUUAUUAAUACCCCUUUAGAAGGGUGUUACUGGGAAGAAGUUGGUUCUGUACAUAUGUGUAAUGUUGUAGGUGGAAUGGGAGUGUUGCAGUAAGCAUUUUAACUGGAAUGGGAUUAGUUGUAGGCUAUUUGCAGUUUCCAGAGAUGAACAAAAGGUGGUUAAUUCUCAUGUUGUAUGUACCCUUUUAGGCAGAUGUAAAACACAGCAGCAGGGCGUUAUUUAUCUCAUCUCUUUCUCUC